CUGGGCUCGAUUAAAAUGUCUUGGCACUGGUCUUUCACAUGCAGGCUCGAUGAUGUCGCGAUAACUUCCCGGUUCGAACGCAGAAAUGUAGAAUAAAUAUUUUCAGAGCAUCGGGACCGGAAAGGGAUAAAAACAAGCUGAUAGGAACCAUCUAAUCUGAGUGUGGCGCACUGUGCUGCGCAUGCGUUGGAGGGUGCCAUGAAGGUAAAGGUGAUCUCCAUCCUGGAGGACAACUACAUGUACCUGGUGAUAGAGGAGCAGAGCAAACAGGCCAUAGCUGUGGACCCUGCUGUACCACACCGGCUGCUAGAAAUUGUGAAGAGAGAGGGCUUGUCUCUGACGGCUGUCCUCACCACACACCAUCACUGGGACCACGCUCGGGGGAACGAGGCCCUGCUGAAGGAGGUUCCCGGGCUGAAGGUGUACGGGGGAGACGAUCGCAUCGGGGGUCUGACGGAUAAAGUCACCAACAGCCAGGAAGGUGCCCACUACCAGUUACGAUUACGGCGUUUUAACUCCAUCAAUGUGAGGUGCCUGUUCACUCCCUGCCAUACCUCUGGUCACAUGUGCUACUUUGUGUGGGAGGAUGAGUGCACUGACGCCCCCGCUGUGUUCACAGGGGACACGCUGUUCAUUGGUGGGUGCGGGCGGUUUCUGGAGGGCACGGCGGAACAGAUGUACCACAAUCUCACCCAGGUGCUGGGCUCCCUACCUCAAGACACGAAGGUGUUCUGUGGACACGAGUACACCAUUAAGAACCUGAAGUUCGCCAUGCUGGUGGAGCCUGAGAAUGAAAAGGUUAAGGAGAUGCUGAGCUGGGCCAGGGCCAGAGAUGACGACGAUAAACCCACAGUGCCAUCAACCUUGAUAGAGGAGUUUGAAUACAACCCUUUCCUCCGCCUCUCGGAGGAGGGAGUGCAAAAGUUCACGGGGAAGACGGACCCAGUAGAGGUGCUGAGGGCCCUGCGGAAGGAGAAGGACAAAUUCAAGAAGCCCAAGGAGAGGCUUCCUCCCCACGCCAUGCUGGCUCUGGAGUGGGGGCUUCUCCGACCCUGACGUCCAGCUUCAGAGCGCUGAGCAUGUGACACACUCAACCAUCAGGGAGGAAAUCACUGACUGCAGCAAGACACAAGACUGUAGGGUGUUUGUCGCUUCAACAUUGCAUUUAAUCUACUUACGCCGCUGUCUCUCCCCCCUCCAUGUGUGUUGUUUUUAGUAAUCAUGAAACGAUGUCUGCACAGAGAGGCCAGCGUAAAGCUGUUUAACAAUUCUACAAUUAAUUUGACGGCUGGUCGCCCCAGUCCGUCAGGCACAAACUAACCGCGCCAGGUAACUUCUGUGAAUAUAAACUGCUGAGAUUUUAUGAUUCAUUUGUAUUUAUUGCUUUAAAUAACUGGUUUUGGGAGGAAAAUAAUUAAUUUGUAUAAGACUGUUUCAUUUCCUUGACAAACACGUUGAUCUCUUUAUAGAUGUUUAUUUUCUGUCCGGUAACCUUGUGACUCCCAGCGCUUUUUACUUCAAGUUAACCCUCUUUUUUUUUUAAACACUUUUACAAUUGAUUUACUCUUAACAUAUGAUUAAGUAAAUGUUUCUGUACUUUAAACUGCACCUUAAGCAAAGCACUUUGGAACAGGAGUCUGAUGUGUUGCACUGUAAUGUACAACAAGGGUGGAAGAAAAAAUGCAACACGUACGUAACUACGAUGGUAAACUGCUGCUUUUCAUCUCAAAGUUUACAUCCUCACUUUGUAAGAGCUUAUAACUGUACACCAGAGUCAAGAUGCUCAAUAAAACAUAUCAGUAUGAA